UCUUCACCUUGCAGCAGAACUCGGGAUUGUCCCCAUUAUUGAGUGUAUGGUAAAGUCAAAAGACCCUCUCAUCUGGGAGACCAAUAAGAAAGGGGAAACCCCCUUAUUCAUAGCUGCUUAUCAAGGCAAGCUAAAAGCUUUUCUCUACCUACAUAAGUGUGUUCAAGAUGAAAAAGAAGAAGGUCCAAUUGAACUUUGUAGAAGGGAAGAUGGGGAUAACAUUCUACACGCCGCCAUCUCUGGCGAGUACUUCAAGCUGGCUUUUCAGAUAAUACAUUACUAUCCGCUACUUGUCAACCGUUACAACACAAAGGGCAUGUCUCCUCUACACUUCCUUUCCAGGAUGCCUCAAGUAUUCAAAAGUGGCAGCCAUUUACGGUUCAUAGAUAUCAUUAUCUACUACGGCAUAAAUAUCAAAGAGAUAAAGCCAAUGAAAUAUGAAGCUGGAGGCAAAAAAGACCCAAACGGUGGUCGCUUGCAUGUCCCAGAGAACUAUCAAACACUGCUGGAGUUCUGGGAACUACUUGUGAAUAAGAUUCGUGGUCCAGGUACUGCUCAAGCAACCAAUGGGAAUCAAGAGGAGGAGUCUCCAGAUACUACUGGAGCAACUAAUGAGAAUCAAGAAAAGAAGUCUCCAGGUAUGUGA